AUGGGCUCUUACGGAGAGGUUCGCUCCAGGGGCACCCGGUCAGCAACGUCCCAAUUCGGAGACUUAGGUUCAUGUCGUGCAACGCACGAGAGCCCUGUUCGUCCAGGGGAGACAUCAUAUCACCGAAACUUGCUACUGCGACAACCCAAACCGAUCGUGAAGUUUGGUACCCUGUUCCAGAUGCCACAAGGCCUCAGCAGCAAAGAUGCCAACCAUAGCCGGAGAUGGCAUAUGAACUCCGGAAUGGCUGCCCAUUUGGAUUCGCAACCUCUAUCUUUGAUUGGCACGGUGCCUGUUCGCAUACGCGUCUCACGGAUUGUGUCAGAAUGCUGCCAGGAUGAGAAGGUCAUUAUCUUUGUUGCUCGCAUCAAGCAAGGCGAGUCACUUGCCAGCUUGCUCCAAGGCACUGGACUAUCCGCCCAGGUGACUCACAACAGGAAAGACAUGAACGAGCGGUUAGCAAUAAUACAAGAAUUCAAUGAGGGCAGAUGCCAGGUCCUCAUUACAUGCCGCAUUGGACUGUCUGGUAUAUCUCUGCAAGGUGCCAACAGUGUCAUUCUAGACAGACCACCUGAGGGUUGGGAUGACUUCCUUGCUGCAGUCCAUAAGGCUGGUCUUGUUCAGGAUGGCAAGGCUUACCUUGAUAUCAGACAGAGAUAA